UGAGAGUGACAGCGCGCGACGCACGUACAGCCGCGUGAAAGUUUAUCGAAAUUUCGGCGCUAACUUCGCAAUAUUCAAAAUUAAAUACAAACUUUAAUUUAUUUAAAUAAUAUUUGUCCUCAAUAUUAACUAUUUUAUUGCCUGUAUUUAUUGAUUUGUGAUUGUGAUAAGUGGAAGUGGUUUGGUGUCUUCCGUCGUAACAAAACGAGAGGAUGACUAACGCACGUAAUAUCAAAGCUUGGUUUUGUCUGGUAUGCAUGGCCACAUCAAUGGCUGCCCCAGUCUACGGACCUGGGAGGUUGCAGCUGGAUAUUAUAGACAUGGCAGCGAUUAGCCGAAUGACCCCACAACAGCUGGAAGCCCUAGCUGAAGGUCUUGCAGCUGAAGAAAUAAUGAGGACAAAGCGAUCAUCCGCACAAGAACUUGCUACGUCAGUCGUCUCAAAGGCUUCAUCAGGUCUACAAAGUAAAGUCGGUCUUUUGGGUCAGGCUUCAGCUGGUAUCACAUCUUUCGUGGCAUCAGCCUCUAGCAAGACUGGUCACUCUGAACAUGGAUACUCUUACGAGCCGCACAACGAAAAUGUGGACUAUUGGGGCUUGAAGAAAUCAAUCUUCCACACCUUAUUCCAAGCUGUGAAGGCUAUAACCGGGGGAGUUACAAUUCUCAAAGGUCAACUUAUCAAAGGAGGUGGUGCUUUAGCAGCCACCUUAGGAAAAGUGAUAUCUUCCAAGGGAGACGCUGUCAGUAAUUUUGGAAAGAAGAUUGUUAGCUCAGCAGCGCUGAGUCACAAAAAGCCAUCACACCCUGUAUAUGGCCCCCCCGCGGAGUACGCUAGCCCAAGCGGCUAUGGAGGUACUGCGCCCGCUCACUUUUCCCACACAGCGCCAGCACACACAGCACCCACUGGUUUCGCAGCUCACAAGUACCCUUCGCAUAUAGACGGACGUGGAAAACUCAGCGGCGUCCACGCCGGUUUGGUCAUAUUGACGCCUCUCGCAGAAGCAGGAAACAUCGAACAUCACGAAUCAAGUGGUCACACAGCACUUGAACCACCACCGUCACUUCUACAUACAGUAUACUCGGCUAUUAAAGAUGCUUUCUCAUCUGCCGCAACUCACACUGAAGAAACUGUGCUCACUGAUCAAGUACCCCCACCACCACAACCGAUGCCACCUUUCAAGCCAAUGGCCUGGGGCGCUGUCAACUCAUACGGCGAACCAGCCGAUAGUUACACGGAUUACGAUCCAAGAAAUCCCUACCCACCAUACAGUUAUGCUUCGUCCAAAUUAUCUUCCGCCCCUUCGCAACCCAAACACCAAGGUCUCACACAAGAAAAGAUCCAAAAAAUCAAUGCCAACCUAGAGAAAGUUAACGCUUAUUUAAAUGAAAACCAGAGGUCGUCUGAAGAAGUUCCAAGCUUUAACACACAGUAUACCGAUAUGUUAAGAAAAGGUUUGAUUCCCUUCCUUCCUACUCCUGUGGUUAGUGACAAUGAGAUAGGCGUGCUACCCGGGGAACUCCUUCCAGACCCCUUGACCACAACUUCAACUUCAACUACAACAGUAUCCACACCAAAGAACACAACAGACAAAGAAAACAAAAGACAGAAGAAAGAUAUAAAAUAUCUCCUCCGAGGCAACAGGAUUUUACAAGUCUGACAUUUGACAAAUGACUGACCUGAGAGGUCCCGAUAUACAACUCAGUCCUGGCUGGAGAAAAUCUGCAAUAUUAUAACGUGUAAUUAUGUAAAUAAAUACAGUAGACGCUAAGUUACGGAAUAGUCAUAAUAACAUAAUGACCGGUUACUUUAAGUGUCGCAAUGGUGAUAUUCAGCAAAACGUAAUCUAUGAUAACGUAUUAAAUUAUGUAGUAUUAUAUUAAACAUUAUAGGAAUCCAAAAGAUUUUGCAAAUAACAAAUUAUUAGUUAUUUUAAACGUCGCUACGAAUAGACAAGUUAUUGUGUGUGCAUUACUUUGGUGUUAUAUUAAUAUUUAAAACGUUGAUUGGUUCAAAUGAUGAAAGUGUACAUAAAUUAUGCUCAAAAUAUAUUUAAUUUAAAAUUUAAUAUUAAGUAUUUUAUAUUUUUGUAAAUAAAUG